GCGUGAGGGAGGAGGCAUCACACUUCCUGCAGAGUGCACGAGUUCCAGGCUCCGCCACGUCUGGGUGGGAGGGAGGACACGUGUGAGUGCGUGUGUCCAGUCUGGCACUCUGACAAACGCACUCGUCCACUCCUUGUCACUCACUCAUCAUGUCAACUGCUGCUAGAGUCAUGCUGCUGCUCUUCCUCUGUAGUAUUGCUGGUGACAUACGCUGCCAGAGUGACAACCCCGCCAGUGAUGGCGACGACGGCGGCCAGGUAGACGCAGACGACGGCGGCGACGACGACGAGCAGGAUGCCCCUGGCGAGGACUGUCAGCCCUCCAUAGCCGACACCUGUUUCAACGACCUGUCGGAGAACAUCCUGUGUCACGUCGACACUCCGGUCGACCGCAACUGCACCUUUAGGAACUCCAGAGACUUUUGUGUGGGUCUGGACGACGCCCUAAACUGCACGUCAGACAUCGUGGACAACGGGUGCAGCGCGGAGCAGGGCCGCGACACCUUCGAUGUCUGGCUACGAGGGAUGAGAGCGGUCCACCGCGCCCUCUGCCUCGGUCGCGACCUCUCUCUCAUUGAUAACAUCCUGAAGAGCUCCAACUGCUGGAAGUUCAAGAAGUUCGUCAAGUGUGCGGAGGAAACAGCUAACAUAACCCACGUCAGUGACCUCCUCACUACCAAGCUCGAUAGAUAUGAGUGCAACCUGUUGCAGCUCUCAGUGGGGAUGUGCAACGCUGACUCGGAGAAGAACCACUGGAAGUGUCGGGGCAAGGCGGAGGCGGUGCAGCGGGCGCUCGCAGUCUUCUUCGCCCACACCUCUUGCGGCGAGGACACCUCCUGCUCCAGGGCCUCGGCACACACUGUGCAGGUUGGGGGAUCGUCAGGGUCUGCGGUGGUGCUAACGUUGGUGGUGAUGCUGGUGGUGCUGUCGUUGGUGGGGGCCAUUCUGGUGAAGCACAAGGUCCUCACUAUUCAGGCCAGACGCCCUCAGUUCUGCGUCAAGUCUUCCACCACGAACGAUGAUCAGGAGGAUUACGACAGGUUCCAGUAGCGGCGCAUGCCCCAGAGGGUAUGCAAUGACUCUAGAGUGCAGGCAAUGACCCUAGAGUGCAGGCAAUGACCCUUGAGUGCAGACUGUUGUCCAAGAAGGCCUUUGGGUACUGGCCUUGAUCCUAGAGGCGAGACCUUAGUUCGGAAGGAAGGACCGUGAUUCUUGAUAGAAUAUCCACACCUCGACCCCUAGGUGUAAGGUGUCCGACCCCUAAAGAAGAAGUUCCAACUCUAAAACUUAGACUCAUGACCAUAAAAGGAAAACCCUGAAUAUUUAAGAAACCCUUCACAUUCUUGUCUAGGACGAUAUAGCCUUGUUCUCAGGGUAGCAUCCUUGCAUUAU